CAGCCUUCAAACGACUCGAAAUCCCAACAAAACCACGCCCAGACAGCACAUCAAACCAUGCCAUCUUGAAGCAUUGUUGGCAGGGAAUGGAUUCUUGGUCUAUCUGGUCGUCGUCAUCAUCCCGCAGAACCGUGAUAUGUAUGUUCAUGGACAGAGACAUAAAAUCAAGUAAAGAUUGGAUGGUAACCAAGAAGCCAGUCUCACAACAAAUGCAAAAUAUCGUUACAUGCCCCUUUUCUUGCCUCUGAGCACCUCCAGAGUAACACUUGUCACACCAAAGUGGGUAGGUAGUCAUCCAGCCGACCAGCCGUCCCUUCAACCGCCAUGCCCGGCCCCGCCAAACAAAAUCCCGGCACCACCGGUCCAGGCUCCGGCUCCGGCCUCCGCAAACGCCGCCCCUCCCUCACCGAAACCAUCGUCCAAACCGCCACCGACAUCGAGCAAAGGCUCAAACUCCUCCUCUUCGACCAACUUGAGCCAUGGCGCCGUGACAACCCCUCCAUCCUCCGCGGCUACCGCCCAACCUCGUACUCCUUCCGCGCCUCCUUCAGGUCGUUGUUCUACCUCCACAACGAAUCAGUCAACAUCUGGUCUCACCUCCUCGGCGCCUUCUUUUCCGUCAUUCUGGCCACAUACCUGUAUCUCUUGAUCCACCCCCGCUUUGACACCGCCUCCUCGGCCGACAUCUUGGUGUUUUCCUGCUUUUUCGCGGGCGCCUUCUUGUGCCUGGGGAUGAGCGCGACGUACCAUGCGAUUAGCAACCACUCGGACAAGGUGGCCAAGUGGGGGAACAAGCUCGACUACACCGGCAUCGUUUUCUUGAUAGUGGGGAGUUACGUGCCGGCGCUGUGGUAUGGGUUUUGGUGCGAGCCUGGGAAGCUGACGGUGUAUCUGGGAGCGAUCUGCCUCUUAGGCUCUGGCUGCAUCAUGGUAUCGUGGUUCGACCACUUCCGCACUCCCGCUUGGAGGCCUUACCGUGCCCUCAUGUUCGUGUCUUUGGGUCUCUCAGGGGUAUUGCCUAUUAUCCAUGCGUUAAUCACUCUCUACACAUACGACGAGCUUAACAAAAGAAUGGGUCUUAACUGGGUCAUCUUCCAAGGGGCGUUGUAUAUUUUUGGGGCGUUCCUAUAUGCGGUUCGUUUCCCAGAGCGUCGCUUCCCAGGAAAGUUUGACAUCUUUGGAAGUUCUCAUCAGCUUUUCCACAUCUUUGUCUUGCUUGCCGCGGCCUCGCAUUUAUACGGAAUGACAAAGGCUUUUGACUUUCACCAUUCUACCGGUGUCGGAGCAUUGUGUGCUUCAUGA